AUGGACUCGAAACACUUUCUGGCUUGGAUUGAUCGAGCAACUUCUCUUUUGAGAAAACAACUGGACCAGCAUGUCAAGAUUGUCUUGAUUAUUGAUAAUGCGACUUGGCAUAAUCAACUUACUGAAGACACUAUCCCUCCGAAGAGAGCAUGGCGAAAAGACCUGGCCGUACAAUGGUUAAUAAAUCAUAAUAUUAGAGUCCCUUUUAAAGCCACUAAAGCCGAGUUACUUAUGCUCGCUUUCGAUAAACUACCACCAAAACGUUACCUAGUGGAUGAAGCAGCAAAAAAAUACAAUGUCGAUAUUUUACGCUUGCCGGUCAAGCAUUGCAGGCUCAACCCGAUUGAAUUAGCAUGGGCUGGUUUGAAAAACUAUGUUCGUGACAAAAAUGUUAACUGUAGUCUUAGUGACGUUGGACAUUUGGCUUAUGAAUGGAUGACGUCUUUAAGUAGAACAACUUCUAUAGGAUAUAUUAAUGAAACACGUAAGAUCGAAGACACGUUCAAGAAGUCUGAUCGAGUUAUUGAGGAAAUCGAGGAAGAAUUGGUCGAUGAAGGCGAAAAAGUUGAUUCGGUAGAAGAAGAGAUGAACGAUUAA